ACAUUUCCCCUGGGAAUACUUUCCCUGCUGUGAAUUGUCCACUCGGUAACAGCAAUGUAGCCGCUGCAUUAGAGCAACAUUUAUGACAUUGUGAUGUCACAUCCUCCGCUUAUUUGCAUCAGUUUUUUGUGGCAAACCCAGACAAAAUGCCAAGCAAUUUCUCACCGAAAGAAAAAGUACAGAUUAUCCACGACUGUGGCGCUCUGGGGGCUCCGCAAAGCCAAGUUGCAGCCAAGUGGGAGUUGCCCAGGUUGGCUGUAUGUGGAAUGUGGAAGCAGAAGGAUAAGCACGAAGACGGACAGUCAAAUAGCAGCUGGAAGCGUGGGCAUGAAGGGAAACACGGCUGCUGUCGACUACUCUCGUUAUAUGGUUCAAGGAGAAGAUGGCGCAGGGAGGACUACCUGCUGGACCCGCAAUCGAGGACAAACCCCUUCAGCUUGCUGCUUCCCUGGGGUUGAAUGAUCUUAAGGCAAGUGACAGUCGGUUUACCAGAUGGAAGAAAUGCUUCAAUGUUGCUUACAAAAACGGGCAUGGUGAGAAACAGCCAGCGGACAAACCAGCAGGGGCAGCGUGAAAAACUUCCUCCCAUUUUCCAAGCUGAUGUCUACAAUGCUGACUAAACGGGACUUUAUUUCAAAGGGCUCUGACAGAGGACAGGUCGAAAACAAUGAAAAGCUAGGAGGAGGGAAAGCUUUAAAGGACACAGGGGAACUGUGCUUGUCGGUGCCAACGUGGAUGGGAGUGACCCCCCUGAACAAUGUUCCCCUUCCAGUCAACAUGGAAAAAGAGGACUUAGCAGCUGCGGGGGAUGAGGAUUUGCUCCCGUUCGGAGAGCUGCCCGAUGAGGAAUUACUGAGCUGCAGCUGCUGCAAGGCCAGAGAUACAAGCUUGUGUUGAUGAAACAUAUUCUAAUCCAGGGAGUGAGGACGAGCGAUUUUGAUGAAGUUCCACGUCCGACAAACGCCGAGCGGUUGAAGGCUUUGCACACGCUCUGGCACUUUUCCCGGGUAGCGGGACUUGGUGGCAGGGUCUGCAGGACGUGGAGUCCCGUCUUCGAAACAAAACUGGCAGGAAUUGUGGCGUUGGCAUGGCUCGCAUUACCCUGGAGGACCUCAAUGGAUUGGAUGAUGAGUCCCUUGAUGAAGAUGAGGAGCCAAUGGAUGGGGAAGAACAGAACAGGCUGUUCUCUCAUUGGGAAACAGUGGCCAGCACCCAUCAAGUGACUCUUCCUCAAGAGAUGGCGGGUCCCAUCGUGCAGAUGACGCAGCACAGCCAGGUGCGUGAGCCGGUGCCCUAUGUCACCCUGCUGCAGCAUGAGAAGUGUGAGGAGCGGCUGUACCCAGCGGGGAAAUGGGCCUGCGUCACCAAUGGGGAGCCGAUGUACGAACAGAGCAUCUCCAUGGGCUUCAUGAAACUCAUGCGCUACAUCUGCAAGGAGAACUCCACAGGCCGCUACCUGGGCAUGACGGUGCCUGUGGUGAAUGAGAUCCGUCUGAGUGAGGAGGGCACCGAGUUGCUGCGGGACGUCACCACUACCUAUUACCUCCCAGGGGAGUUCCAGCCCGACCCCCCUCUCCCCACGGACCCUGACAUCCGCAUUGUGGAGAGACAGCCGCUCCGCGUCCUGACCAGGGUUUUCUACGGGGUGACGACGGAGGAGACGAUCCUCCGGGAGAUCCGCCUUCUCUGGGAGCUGCUGGGCUCCACAGACACCGUGCUGCGGGAAAGCUACAUGGUGGCUGCCUACGAGAACCCCAGCGUCCCUCAGCGGCGCAAUGAGCUGUGGUUCAUCCGGCGGGCAGAAUGAGUGCAGCGCAGCCCCGUGCUGGCCCCGCUUUCGAUGGCAGUUCUGGCUGAAGGAGAUGAAUGCACAGCCUGACGCACUGGGCGCCGUAGAGCUGCGCUGGACCCGAAGAGGAGACCUGCUCCACGCCCAGCCCCGGGAAAACCAGCAUGUGCCAAAUGGCUGGCCGGGGUCCAUCUCACGCCUGCAGGGGGCAGUGUGCCAUUGUGCACUGAGUGUGGCUGGGCACAUGGGGGCGGGCUGGCCAGGCUGGGUGCUUGUGCCAGGGUGCCAGCCUGGGCUCGAGGUGUCAGGCCUGACUUGAGUUUGCAGUGCUGGGCCAGGCACCUGUGUGUGGCUGUGGUUGAAAGAGGUCUCUUGGGCGAUGGUUGGUGUGGCACUUCCUGGGGCACUGAGCAUUCCUCCGUGUCUUGCCUGCUGAGGGAGGGUGUGUGCUGCAGCCGGUGGGGGGCCCUUGCCCUGCUCAGAGCAGGGCUGUGUGUGUGCAUGCCCAGGAACAGAGACUGGUGGUGCCCGCAAGCAAAGCUGGGAUCCUGUAGGACUCUCCUUCGUAUCUGCCCAGCCGCGUGCCCGUGGUGGGCAGCCCCUUCGUGUUGGUCAGCGCCCACCGCGCUGCUGCUGAGCCGGUGGCCACCAGGUGUUAGUCCGGCCCUCGGCCCUGGGCUGAGCAGAGAGGGGCAGCAGCGGGGUCACUGUGUGUUUUGUUGUGCAUUGAUUGGUUGGUUUCACACUCAUACGUGCUGCUGGGGGAGGCUGGCAGCGCGAACCUGAAAUAAA